AUGCAGGGUCAGCCAGUACUGGUGGAGACAGGGCCCCAGUUUGUGUACAGCUCCAGUCCAGGCCACCAACCAAUCCUGGUAUCUCAGCAACCAGGACCUCUUCAACCCGGCCCGCCUCAACCGUACACAUCCAUGCAACCGCCGGGGCAGCAACCACGCUACAUACAGCAGCAACAGCCGCCACCACAGAUUUUGCAUCAAGUGCAAGUACAACAGGGGCAGUAUCAUCAACAACAGCAGCAGCAGUUUCAUCAUCAACAGCAACAGCAAGAGUUUCAGCAGCCACAAAGGAUAGUCCAGCAAGCAGUACAAGAACUACCGAGGCCGGAAAGCCAGACUGAGACUCAGCCCCCUUAUCCAGGUCAGGUGUCAAGCUCAGGGGCCGACUACACCAAUAUGCCCCCUUAUCCCAGUCAGUUGUCCAUCUCUGGUGCAGAGCAUGCCCAAAUGCCCCCUUAUUUAGGUCAGGUGUCGAGCUCAGGGCCAGACAACACCCACAUGCCCCCACCACCACCACACAGCAUUGCCGGGGUGAAGAGGCAGUCCCCAGGCCUGUCCCCACUAGCUGCACCAGAACCCAGGAAGAAGUUGAAAGGUGCCCAAGAAGACGAGGAUGAUGACCAGGACGUGCCCUCGUCGAUGGCCAGUCAGGUGAAGGAGGUGAGGAAGUACUCGUUCAACCAGUACUCAGGGGGCCCCCAGCUCUACACUGCCCCCACCCCCACAGGACUUACGCAAUAUGGGGAAGGGGUGUCAGUGUCGGGGGCGGGAGAGUACUCUCAGUAUGGCGUGGCCCAGACUGGUCUGGGACCCGAGUACACGGGCUAUCAGGAACAACAGUACCAGAAUCAAGAGCAACAAAAUAGAUAUGGUGCAAGUCCCCAGCACAAUGUGUAUGGCAGCCAGGCAGGUGCGGGCCCAGGGUUCACACAGUUCAGCGCCGUCUCCAGUGCUGCCACUUACUCCACCAAUGUUAGCAGUCCCCACCCUCACCUCUCACAGUUCCCCCGCCCCCUCCCCCACCGCCUCUGUACGAGGACCCCAACAACGGGGGCGGGGCACUCAAGGGGCAGGGAUUUAAUCCCAAAGUUUGUACAGAUGGGUACUAAUGGUAGAGAGGAGCUUCUUAGCCAGCCACCUCCUCCCCCACCCAGAACUGGUUAUUGGUGA